UCACAGUAUGGGAUCAUGCACGUCAAGCUUUGGAAUUGUUGAGUGCAAAUGGAGAUGAAUAUGAUAUAAAAAUUACUGAUGUCAAUAUGUCUGACAUGGAUGAAUUUCAGCUGCUAGAGAACGUUCAGCAUGAAAUAAACUUACCUGUAAUCAUGAUAUCUGUUGACUCUAAAUUCGAAGUAGUCAUGAAUGCUAUUAACUACGGGGCAGUUGACUAUCUCGUUAAACCUGUGCGUCUGGAAGAACUAAAACUUAUCUGGAGAACAUCCGAACGGAGGGCCAAAGUUGUGAAAAUUUCGCCAUCAGAAGUAAGAGAUGCGGUUGCGGCCGAAGCAACAUCUGAAGAUGGUGCCAAACAGGAUGUCUUUUUUCGUAUGAUGCCCGACGGUUUCCCCGCUGUACUAAGGGUUUUAGCCAUUGAUGAUGACUCCGCCGUUCUCGAGACACUGAAGCUUAUGCUUCUCAAAUGCGGGUAUACAG